AUGGGGAAAGACGAAUGCAAAACCAUGCUGGACGCCCUGAACAAAGUGACCGCUUGCUACCGGCAUCUGGUCAUCGCCCUGGGCAGCACGUCGGACUCGCAGAACCUCCGUGAGGAGCUGAGGAAGACCCGCAGGAAGGCCCAGGAGCUGGCCGCGGCCAACCGGACCAAGCUGACCGCCCUGCUGAAGGACAAGACCAUCAGCAAGGACGACCGCGCCGAGUACGAGCGCCUGUGGGUACUGUUCUCCAGCAACAUGGACCUGCUGGAGGUGGACAUGAAGAGGUCCCUGGAGAUCGGGCAGGACUUCCCGCUCAAGCUGCCCACCAGGCACCUGAUCGCCACGGGGAUGACCGGCAGCACCACUACGGUGGCCGCGCGGGCCAUGAGCGUGCAGAACAUGAAGUACGAGGCGGACAGCAACGUGGACACGGCGGACCUGAGGGAGCUCCGCACUGAGAUCACCCAGGUGAGCCAGAUGAUGGAGGAGAUGGAGAUGAAGGUGCAGGUGGCGCCGUGGGCGGUGGAGGCCAAGCAGGAGCCGGGCGCGGAGCUCAAAUCCAACAUGAGCGUGGGCAACUCCUCGGUCGGGGUGAUCUCCAUCUGCGAAGAGGAGCCCAAGGAGGACGAGGGGGGAGAGAGAGAGGCCGGCUCCGGGUCCUUCUGCGCGAUCCUCAUCUUCCUGGUGAUUCUAUUUGUUGCGGGGGUGCUGGGGUAUCUGGUCGUCAGCAUGUCCUGA